AUGUGUUUUUGUUUGCAGGGAGUCUGCCAGUUCAUCAAGUCCCAGCUGGACCCCACUAGUGUUGACUCGCUCUUCUUUGCCUCUGAGACCAGUCAAGCCAUUUCCGGAUGUGAGAUCCCCGUGUCCAAUGAGACGCGGGACAUCCUGCUGGCGGCCGUCAGCGAGGACUCCUCCAUGACUCAGAUCCACAGAGCGGUGAGCGCCCUCAGCUCUCUGGGCCUUCCUCUGACCUCACAGGAAGUAGUGGGAGCUCUGACCGGCCGCAUCAACAAGGAGGACAACGUCAUGGCAAUCACUUCGGCUCUGCUAACGGCGGCCCGUCUGUCCCAGGACGCAGAGCUCGGAGGAAUCCUGGAGGAAAUCGAGGAUCUGACCGCUCGCUUGGAUGAUCUUGGAGGCAUCUACCUGCAGUUCGAAGAGGGACUUGAGGCGACCGCCAUGUUUGUGGCCGCUGCUUAUUCCCUCUCUGAUCACGUGGACAUGGAGCCUCCACUGAAGGAGGUACGGUCCGCUCUGUGGAGGCAUGUCAGGAUAACCUGUUCG